AUGUAUUCCCAUCACAUCAGGUGUGCUCAUCAGAGUGCUCCUUUACAUCAGUUGUCCCCAUCAGACUGCCCCUUUACAUCAGUGUCCCCUUACACUCAAAGUACCCCUUUCCAUCAUAUUUCCCCAUCGGAGUGCCCCUUUACAUCAUAUUCCCCAUCAGACUGCCCCUUUCCAUCACAUGUGCCAAUCAGACUGCCCCUUUCCAAAGUAUGUGCCCAUUUGUGCCCUCUUAACAUAACAUGUGCCCAUCAGAGUGCCCCCUUAACAUAAAAGAUGCCCAUCAGAGUGCCCCUUAACAUAAAAUGGGCCCAUCAGAGUGCCGCUUAACAUAAAAUGUGCUUGUCAGAGUGCCCCUUAACAUAAAAUGUACCCUUCCGUG